AUGAGGGGCAGCUCAGGGCUGGACCCGUCUAACCCCGAGAGUUUCGGCCUCUACUUUGUGCUGGGUAUCUGCAUGGGGCUCCUGCUCACGCUGGGCCUGGUGGUGCUGCGCAGCUCGUGCCCUCUGCGCCCGCCCCAUGAUGACAGCAGUGAUGAUGAUGGUGACGAUGAGGCUGAGGAGGAAGAAGACACCAUCGACCGGGUGGCCUCUGAGUCGUUGCUGCCAAGCACAGAGCUGCCCCCAGAGAGCCCUAGUGCCAUCAACGUCUUUGCCUCAGCCGAGGAGCUGGAGCGGGCGCAGCGGCUGGAGGAGCGCGAGCGCAUCGUGCGCGAGAUCUGGCGCAAUGGGCAGCCCGACCUACUGGGCGCUGGACCUGCUCACCCACCCUGCUACUGA